CCAUUAAAUUAGAGGGGAAGUAAGUAGGGAAAGAACACACGAGAAAGAAUGGAGACUGUGGGUGAAGUAGAAGCGAGCUUGAGAGAGUUGAGGGAGUGCUUCAAGAGUGGACGUACCAGAAGUGUGAAAUGGAGGAAAACACAGAUCAAUGCACUCCUUCAGCUUCUUCGUGACAAAGAAGAUGCCAUCUUUAAAGCUCUUAAUCAAGAUCUUGGCAAGCACCCUGUUGAAUCCUACCGCGAUGAGGUUGGAGUCGUGGUAAAAUCAGCCCACAAUGCUUUGAGCAACGUUGAGAAAUGGAUGGCUCCCAAGCAGAGCCGCAUUCCUUUCCUUUUCUUUCCAGGAAGUGGAGAGGUGCUAUCAGAGCCACUUGGUGCGGUUCUCGUAUUUUCUGCUUGGAACUUACCUAUGGCUCUAUCACUGGAUCCAUUGAUUGGAGCAAUAGCUGCAGGAAAUGUGGUACUCGUAAAACCUUCAGAGCAUGCUCCACAAUGUUCUUCCUUCCUGGCCAGAACCCUUCCUCAGUACUUGGACUCCAAAGCCAUUAAGGUUAUCGAAGGCGGAUCAGAUGUCUGUGAACUACUACUUCAGCAGACAUGGGAUAAAAUAUUCUUCACUGGGAGUCCACGGGUGGCAAGCAUUGUCAUGUCUGCUGCAGCAAAGAAUUUAACUCCUGUCACUCUGGAGCUGGGUGGAAAAUGCCCUGCCAUACUUGACUCCCUCCCCAACCCUUCAGAUUUUCGGAUGGCGGUCAAAAGAAUUGUAGGGGGGAAGUGGGGAACAUGCAGUGGACAAGCAUGUAUAGGAAUAGACUAUGUGCUGGUUGAAGAGAAGUUGGCCGAUGUUCUGAUAGAUUCGAUGAAGAAGGCAAUCAGGAAAUUCUAUGGCGACGAUCCAAUGGAGAAAAAGGUCACUGCCAGGAUCGUAAACAAAUACCAUUUUAAGAGGUUAUGCAAUCUUCUUGAAGAACCUCAGGUUCUUGCUUCCAUUGUUCAUGGCGGUUCAGUUGACGAAGAGAAUCUGUUCAUUGAGCCCACAAUCUUAUUAGAUCCUCCACUAGAUGCUCGGAUAAUGACGGAAGAGAUCUUUGGUCCACUGCUUCCUAUAAUCACUAUGAACAAGAUUCAAGAUAGCAUAGAAUUCAUAAACUCAAGGCCAAAACCUCUGGCCCUUUAUGCCUUCACCAAGGAUGAAACUUUCAAGAGAACUAUUCUAUCAGAAACGUCGUCAGGAAGUGUCACAUUCAAUGACGCACUGAUCCAGUUUAUAUGUGAUGCACUGCCAUUUGGAGGGGUUGGGCAAAGCGGAAUCGGAAGGUACCAUGGGAAGUACUCGUUUGACACCUUCAGCCAUGAAAAAGCUGUAAUGCACAGAAAUCUAUGCCUUGAAAUAGAGCCGAGGUACCCUCCUUGGAGCAACUUCAAGAUGCAGUUUAUCAAAUUGGCAUACAAACUGAACUACUUUGGACUCGUACUUCACAUGCUGGGAUUGAAAAGAGACACCUAAACCAGAGUCCUGGUCGCAUGUGCUUUUCCAAUAUGUUAUUCCAAGUGACCCAUCCGACGUGUUACUAUCCAUUAUGAUUCCGCCAACGUGGGUGGAGCACUCCCAAACAAUGUCCUUUUUAAUCUGUCCAUUCACCUUAUUUAUUCCGCGAGUUUGAGACGCAAUUGAGAGCAUUAAUGAUAUGGAUGACGUUUCGAACUGUCCAUGAAUAGCUGACAUGUACCACCCUCUUACUUAUUACAUGUUAUUUGUAGCUCCAAAAUUUAU